AGGGAGGCUUGAUCUCUGAAGUGCUGGUCAACUAAUUCAAAGUUUCUUUGUGUGUGUGCACAGAACUGAACCUCAGGAGAGAAGAAUGCAGAAACUAGUGCUGAAUAACUUCCUUUAGGGAAUUUUAACAUUGGAGCAUUAGCUUGUACUAUUUUAUUCUAGCUGCAGUGUUCUAGUAAGUGUGGGAAUGAGUAUGCAGUAUUUUUCCUAUUUCUUGCACCAUUAUCUGUCACUUCACUCCUGUUUUCACCCUGAGAUUUUUUGCCAAGUUUUGGUUUUAAGGUACAGUUUUUAAAUGUGAGUUGAUGCAGUCUCAGUACUUCAAACAUUCAUGAUGUCAGUGUGCUGCUUGACAUUCAUCUGAAGUUUUCUUGGUUUCAGUUUUGUACUCUAAGCUUUUUUGCAGUCUUUUCAGAUAUUUCUGUCUUUUUGACCAAACUGCAUUUUGAUUUCUUCACGUUUUUUGUCAAAGAAAGACUUCUCUCUCCCGUGCUAAGAUGUUUCCUCCCCCUCCCCCUUCCACCCUGUCUCUUUUCUCCACACAUCGACGUAGGUGGGAAAAUGUCAUGCUGGCUUGGUUGCUGGUGAGGGAGCUGGGGCUUUUAGGCUUUUCCCUUCAAGGUGCUGAUCUUGCGCUUUCGUAGAAUUGUGCUGCUUUUGCAUGAAGAGCUUGAAUGUGCGGUCCUGAUUUACACAGUGGUCGUCCUGAGAUCAGUGGAUUACUUUUGUUCUCAGUCCAGUAUCUGCUCACACUGAGGCAUGUAAGCAGUUUUAGUCUUGAGAAUGUUUUUAAAAGUGCAAAAAAAAUAAUCUGACCAUAUAAUAUUAAAAGGAAGGAAAAAUAAGCCACAGGUUUUACACGGUGACUUUAACAAAUCCAGAAAGAGUUGACCUGUCAGAUUCCUCUGACUGACAGCAUUGCUGUGUGUGACAGCCCUGUGGGAAGGCAGGGUUUAGUGUUCUUUUCUGGUCUGCUGGAAAGGACCGUUACUAAUAUGUUAUGCAGUAGAAUCUAUUUAUGUUAGCCCAAAACCACAAAGAUGAGUCUUGACACUUAAAAUUCUCUUAAAAUACCAUAUUGAAUUAUUGCAGCACACUUUACAUACAUACUACUAUCCUGAAUUUUAUCAGUGUUAUAAAAGUUCCACUUCUUUGGGGAAAAGAGGUUAUCAGACUAGAAGACACAAGAUAAUGCUGAUGGUCUUAUUUAUGAAGACAAUAUGAAAAGCAAACUUACUCUGCACAGCUAUUUGUAAAAGAAUCUAAUUGGCAGCCUACAGAUAGAUUGCCUUUUAGAAGGAAUGAACGUUAUGAGUGCAAGCAAGAUGGAAAAGUUAAGCAAGCCAUUACUUUUGUGACCACAGCACACAAGGGAUCUCAACCUCCCCUAAUACACUGUGGCUGGUACUUGAUCUGGGAGUUGCUGAAUUGCUCCCCAGAGUUCAUGCUGCCUGAAAUUCUUCAGUGCAGUGGGUAUGGACUGGAGACAACUUAGCCAGAAUGAAUGAGAGAUUAAUGUGGGCAUGUAAAACUGUGUACACUUCUUUAGUUUCUCUACAACUGGUUCAAGCUUUUCUUCAUUACAGAAUAAAUUCUAUACAACACAUGCAAUACUGGAUGCAGAUUAUGUGCUUAGAGACUUAUUACAGCUCUUAUGUUGAUAUCUGUAUUGUAACAUUUUAAAAGGCACUAGCCAUGGGCCAGUUAACCAAACAAAGCCAUUUUUUGUUGAGUCUUUUAAGGACAGCUUUUCUCAAAGUACCAGAUGAAGAUUAGAGUUUCUGUUCUAGCUGGCUAGAACCAACCUGUUUCCCUUCCUUAGCGGUGUCAUGUCAUUGUACGUUAGGAUUCCCUCUAUCUAAAGCUUAGCUUACACUAAACCUCUGCUCUAUAUUGAGUAACCUGUUCUUGUGAGUUUCAGGACUGUAGAAAUUGAUAAAUAUUAGCAUGUUUAAGGCUAAUAGCUGGAAUAUAGUUUUUUUGGCUCUGUCCAGAGUUGUGUAAAGCACUCAGUACUUUUGUAGUAUAGUUUAUUUACCUGGAAAGAAUCCAGGACCUUGCUAUUGGACAGCCUAGGCCAGGUCCAGAGCAUGCAUUUGUAAUGGCAAACUCAUCUCACUUGGCAUAGGCUGAAUAUUUGACAAAGCCUUGAACUCCUCAGGUGAAUUAAUUGUUUCAUCUGGCAAGCACUGUGCAUAAUGGUACUGGUGCUGUGUGCUCUUUGGCCCUUCUGUUCAGUGACGUGGUAGGCACAAAUGCCCCAGAUCACAUGUAAUCACUUCCUGAUGCAUUAUAGCACCAUUAUCAUUUUUCUCUAGAUGUUAUAGCUAAACGAGAUAGUCAAAGAAAAUGGUAAAAACAAGAAAGAGAAAAACACUGUCUCUUCAAUUUUUUUGCAAAUCAGACACUCUCUGGGUAAAUGCACCUUAUAGGAGGAAGCAAAACCAGCAGCUUUGAAUAAAUAAACGCAACCAUACAAACUUAAUAAAGGAUAUGAGCCAGUGCCAGCCAGAUUUUUAAAUGAUCUUCUGAAGACCUGGAUUAGAAAGUUCUUAUAAAGUUUGUAGUAACUGAUGUAGACAUCUCCUGGUGUUUCUGUCUCAAGAAAUCAAGUUCUGCUUUGCCAAGUUACUCUUUCAGAGGUGUUAGGAUGACGUGUUAAAAUGUAGAUACUUAAGAUACAUUAUUGUAGAAAUGGUAUAAUGAGGUUUACUGAGCACAGAGGGGCAGUGAGUUAAUUAAAGGAAUGGGUUAAUUAAGGACUUGAGUUGUAUAAAGCCUCGUUUGUCUGAACUGUUGGCACUGUGUAAACAUAAUAAAUUUAAGUGAACUUUGCACUUCUGCACCUGUAUGCUUAGGGAUAGAAUUAAUAGGAGAAUUUUGGCAUCACAGAAUAGUUUGAGUUGGAAGGGACCAUAAAGAUCCUGUCCCCCAAUCCCCUGCUGUGUGCAGGGACACCUCCAAUUAGACCGAGUUGCUUAAAGUCCAAUCCCACCUGGCCCUGAACACUUCUAGGCUUGGGGGCUUCCUCAGCUGCUCUGAGCAACCUUUCUCACUUUAAAUUGUGUUUGUGUCUGAACUCUGUAACAGUAUCUUUUAACAAAAUCAGUGCCCCUUAAUAAAAAAGAACAAACUGGGUCUAAAGUGUAGCAUUUAGUAUGCUUCAGUCCUGGGCCACAAAGCGCUGGGAAUAUAAACAGUGGUAUGGAGGCAAUUUAGUGUGAAUGUCGUACUGCUGUUGAAGGUGUUGAGUGUGUGAGUGUGGCUCCACAUGACUGAUUGCUUUCAUGUGUUUGGUGGGACUCAGUUGGAUGAUGAUUGUGAUCUUAACCUCAACAUGAAUUUGGUACACUGGCUCCUGUAAAAGAGAUACAGUUGGGUAUUUAUGAACUAUAACUUUCUUUUUUUUAGUUGCAGAUUGAAAUAUCAUGGACAGAAAAUAGUUUGGAUGAUGUGUUUUGCCAGCAUAUCUCUGCAAUUUCAGUUCUAACAAUGGAUAAGUGUAAGCACGUAGGACGUCUGCGACUGGCUCAAGAUCACUCCAUUCUCAAUCCUCAGAAAUGGCAUUGCAUGGACUGCAAUACUACAGAAUCUGUGUGGGCGUGCCUCAGCUGCUCGCAUGUGGCGUGUGGAAGAUACAUCGAGGAACAUGCACUAAAGCACUUUCAGGAGAGCAGCCACCCAGUGGCAUUGGAAGUAAAUGAGCUGUAUGUUUUCUGUUAUCUCUGCGACGAUUACGUUCUCAAUGAUAACGCAACCGGUGAUCUAAAACUCUUGCGGAGUACAUUAAGUGCAAUCAAGAGUCAGAACUAUGAGUGCACUACUCGAAGUGGGAGGACUUUGCGUUCUAUGGGUACAAGUGAUGAUUCCUACCUUUCACAUGGUGGUGCCCAAGCCAUGCUUCGGAAUGAAGAUCGAAUGUUCACAGCUCUCUGGCACCGACGGCGUGCAGUCCUUGGCAAAGUAUUCAGAUCGUGGCUUGAGUUGACACCUACUGGAAAAAGGAUUUUGGAAGAAGAAAGACAUCGAGAAGAAGCAGAGCUGAAAAAGGACAAAGCUAGGAAGAGAAGACAAGAACGAAAACGUGAGUUGAAAGCAGAGAUGGAAAAGAUGCCUCCAAGAAAGAGCAGUCGUUUACAAAAUCAGAUUAGAAUGUCCUUAAAAACAGAACUCUGCCCUCAGAAAACACCACAGAACAUGGAAUCUGUGGCAGAGUUGAAAGAAACAUAUACCUCCGAUGAACUGAGACUGAGAAAAAUAAGUGACUCUCCAAUUAAACGAAGGCCCACAGUGACUCCUGGAGUAACAGGACUGAGAAACCUGGGAAACACAUGCUAUAUGAAUUCUGUCCUGCAGGUAUUAAGUCACUUACUUAUUUUUCGAGAAUGCUUUUUAAAGCUUGAUCUCAACCAAACUCAGGAACUGCUGGCAACAGCAACCAAUGGUAAAACAAGAUCUUCGUCCAAACACCUGUCAAUAGCUGCCUCAACAUUACACGUGAAUGAGACCCAAGAGAAAGUAAAGGGAUCUUAUGCUGUGAGGCGGCCUAGUUUGUCCUCUGGAUUAAGUGGAGGAGCAUCAAAAAGUAUGGAACUCAUUCAGCCCAGGGAGCCCAGUUCAAAGCAUAUUUCUCUCUGUCAUGAGUUGCAUACUCUAUUCCAGGUUAUGUGGUCUGGCAAAUGGGCACUGGUGUCUCCUUUUGCCAUGCUUCAUUCUGUGUGGAGACUAAUUCCAGCCUUCAGAGGGUAUGCCCAACAAGAUGCUCAGGAAUUUCUCUGUGAACUUUUGGAUAAAGUACAGCAGGAACUGGAGACUACAGGGACCAGAUACCCAGCUCUCAUCCCUGCUUCUCAAAGAAAACUUAUAAAGCAGGUUUUGAAUGUGGUUAACAACAUUUUUCAUGGACAGCUAUUAAGUCAGGUUACAUGUCUUACCUGUGACAAUAAAUCAAAUACCAUAGAACCUUUCUGGGACCUGUCCCUGGAGUUUCCCGAGAGGUAUCACUGCAAUGGCAAGGAGAUGUCGUCUCAGUAUCCAUGUCUGCUGACAGAAAUGCUGGCCAAGUUUACAGAAACUGAAGCUUUGGAAGGAAAGAUAUAUGCGUGUGAUCAGUGCAACACAAAACGAAGGAAGUUUUCUUCUAAACCAGUUAUACUCACAGAAGCUCAGAAGCAGCUUAUGGUGUGUCGACUACCUCAGGUUCUCAGAUUACACCUUAAACGGUUUAGGUGGUCAGGACGCAAUCACCGUGAGAAGAUUGGUGUACAUGUUAGUUUUGAUCAAAUGCUAAACAUGGAGCCUUAUUGCUGCAGGGAAUCCCUCAAGUCUCUCCUGCCUGACUGCUUCAUCUACGACCUGUCUGCUGUGGUAAUGCAUCAUGGGAAGGGAUUUGGCUCAGGGCACUACACUGCCUACUGCUACAAUUCCGAAGGAGGAUUUUGGGUACACUGCAAUGAUUCGAAACUCAACAUGUGCACUAUGGAAGAAGUAUGCAAGGCUCAAGCCUACAUUUUGUUUUACAGCCAACGACUUACUCAGGCAAAUGGACAUGGUAGAGUCCCCUGUCCCAGCACAGCUGAAAGUCAGCAGCAUACAGAAUUAGCUGGCUGUUCCAUGGACAACAGUAGCAGCUAAUCCAAAGCCAGUUAACUGUGUGUAUGGAAUUGCUACUAGGUCUUAGAAUAUUGACAUUCACCAGCAAGGAAUGUUAAAACAUAUCAGAUAGAAAAUGAAUUUUUCCAAGGCAACUUUCUGUGAAAUUAUUUUGCAAGCUUGAAUGGCUAUACUAAAGAUACAUGGAUAGAAUUUCUUAAAAUCUGGACUUGAGGAAAUAGAGCAUGAAGUUAUUUUCAUGUAAGUAUGGUAAGGGGAGUGUUUAAUAACACAAGAAUGUAUCUUUACCAAGACUUGCAUGUUUUAGCCUUAACAAACCUGACAACUUAAAACUCAAGUGCCAAAUUCAAAGUAAUUUAACAACCAAGGGCUUUUUUAUUCCAAAAAUUUAAAAGCUUUCUUAAACAAGCAAAAAACUCAGUAACACCCCAACAACAAAACCACACUCACUCCUCCCACUAUCAUUGCUACAAGAACAUUAGCAUCCGUUCUCUUGAAUUGGACCAGCUUACUUUAAGCUGUGGCAAGCAUUGUCUGUCUCAGUCAUCCAUUAACAAACAGCUGAUGAAAAGCAGCUGCAAUGUUUGCAUGAAAGCAUUCUCAGUCUGGUUUCAUCACCCGCAACUGCUGUACCUUGUACUACAUGGUCCUACCACUAGCAUUAACAGAACUGUGCAGUGAGGAGAAUUUAACAAGCUGGAAUCAUCAAUCCUCCACAUACAGUAGUUAAUGCCAAUUAAAUUUUAAUUGUGAAGUUAUUUUGCGUAAGUCCUAUGCAAAUUGUUACCUCAUCUUCUGCAAAGUUUUACCUCAAUAAAAUGCCUUGAUGUGGACAGAA